UCAGAAAACUAUAUAUUAUAUAAUAUGGGAUCGUAUUCCUUAAAGAAAGAGAACCAUGUGGUGGAAACUCCAACCCCACAAAGAGACCAUGACGCUGAUACUACCCUGUAUGCCAUGGUGCUAGGUUCCAACGUGGUCUUUCCUGCAGCUCUCAACGCUGCAAUUGAGCUCAACGUGUUUGAGAUCAUUGCAAAGGAAAGCUCACAAGAGAGUGGUGGAUUCAUGUCACCCCUUGAAAUUGCUUCCAAGUUACCAACACAAAAACAACAUUGUCAUGAGUUGCCAAAUAGGCUUGAACGUUUGCUGCGUUUGCUUGCUAGCUACUCUCUUCUUUCUGUUUCCACUCGCACCAAUGAGGAUGGUAGCACAGAUAGAGUUUAUGGGGUCUCACCAGUGGGUAAAUAUUUUGUCUAUGAUGAAAAUGGUGAUGGUUAUCUCGCGUCAUUCACAUCAUUUCUGUGUCACCCUGCAUUGUCAGGGGUGUGGCUGAAUUUUAAGGAAGCGAUCAUUGAUCCUGAGAUUGACCUGUUCAAGAAGGUUCAUGGAAUGUCCAAGUUCGAAUACUUUGGGAAAGAUCCAGAAACAAACCACGUAUUCAACAAAGCAAUGGAUGAUAUAUGCACAACCCAUAUGAAAAGAAUACUUGAAGUAUACAGAUAUGAGGGCAUAUCAACUUUGGUUGAUGUGGCAGGUGGAAUUGGACAAUGUCUCAAAUUGAUCAUCUCCAAAUACCCUUCAAUUAAGGGCAUUAAUUUUGACCUCCCACAUGUGAUUGAAAACGCACCACCCAUUCCAGGGGUUGAGCAUAUCGGGGGAAAUAUGUUUGAAGGUGUUCCACAGGGUGAUGCCAUGAUGCUAAAGGCUAUAUGCCACAAUUGGUCGGAUGAAAAAGCCAUAGAAAUUUUAAGCAAUUGUUACAAAGCUUUGCCAGCAAAGGGGAAGGUCAUUGUUGGGGAUUUCAUACUGCCAGAAGAUCCAGAACCUACAAAUGAUUAUAAAGUGGUUUCAAUUCUUGAUAACAUCAUGUUUAUUACACCAGGUGGAAGGGAAAGAACUGAGAAACAAUUUGAGAGUUUGGGCAACCGUUCUGGAUUUUCUAGGUUUCAAGUUGUCUGUCGAGCCUUCUCUACUAUGGCAGUGAUGGAAUUUUAUAAGUAAAUCAUAUCAGCAAUAAUUUGGCAUUUCAACAAGAGCACAUCAAUUUUUCAAAUAAGUAAAUCAUAUCCGUAAUAAUUACAUUUUAUGUUGUUUAAUGUAAUUGUGCUGAAAUGAAAGUUAUACCGGAUAUGAGUAUA